CUGCUCUCUAGGUCUGGCAGGAUAAGACGCCCUGGCUCUGCUCUCCCCAGCAGUGCCCGUCUGGUGUUCGAACAAAUGCCUGGCGGCAGCGGAGCCGAUCGUACUAGUGAGUGCACCAGUGCUGCUAGCUGUACCUAGCUGCCGUGGCCAGUUCCCCGGUGAUGGAACCCUUCACCGUUGGCCAUUAACUGCCGUGCGUUACUGAACGGAGAAGAGCCAAGAGACGACACGAGCGGCGCGGAGCGAAAAUGUCAAAAGAUGGCGACGCUCAAGGCGCCAGGGAGGUCUCGGAGCGGCGACUUUGCUGGAAUCAAGUGGACGACGGUACGUUUUUGGUCUUCUGCGAUGAUGACUAAAUCAAGGAUUCAAGGUGGCUUCUGCUUCUGAACGCGGAAUUCCUCAGAACGCUGGUCUGAACCCACGGUGUGUGGACUCUGGUCGUGUACCAGACUAGCAGUCAGCAGUCAGCAGUCAGCAGUCAGCACUAUGUGUACCAUUUCACAGCUUACCAUCACUGUCCACAGAUUCCAUUUCACAACCUCCUAAUGGCUAAUGCCAGGUAUUCUACUAGCCAACUCUUGCUUAUCUACAGCACUAUGCAACCAACCAUGCAACAGCUACGAAGCCCCAUCGCCUAGUUCUCUGGCCAUUCUAUUUAACAGCUGAGAUGCAUGUUUGCUCAUUAUUUUUCGGUGUGUUAUAGGUUUCUCUAACUCCAAAGUGGUCCUAAUGAGAGACCAUAUUAUAGUAUCCCCCUUGCAUAAUCCGCAUGCCGACCGUGUUUACAAUUCGCAUACGACUGGGUCCAACCUAAUAAGCUAUCAGACCAGAUGAUUGAUAGCCUGGUUGGUACAUUGCCGCGGGGGGUCCUGCCCUGUUUCUGCCAUUUGUUUAACUGACUUCACCGGUCUCCCCCCUCCCUUCUCACUUUUGCUCGCUGUCCACACUUCACACCGUUCACACCAUUGCUGAGGCCGGAAGAACUCUGCCAUCUUUCAAGCUCACAAGGCGUCCCUCACUAGUCUGAGCAGCAGCCGUCGCUCUGGAUACAAGCUCAAAGCCGCAACCGCAGCCUAAGCAUUGCAACGCUUCCCCAUUCCAGUUAAUCGUACUAGUCACCCCUGAUCUUGGUACAAGCUUGAACCUGCAACCUCGGCUAGGGGCUGAGAUGUAUGUAUGAUGGCUAAAUGAGGGCAGCCAUUCCGUGUGACCUUGUCUGUGUGAGAAGCAUUGCGUUGCCGCUUUCCCCUUCCAGAUGAAGCAUUGUUAAGGCUAGAAGUCCUCAGCUACCUUUGAAGCAUACGAGUGUAUUCACUUGUCUGAGCAGCAAAAUCUGUCCAUCGUUCUGGGUGCAAGCUCAAACUUGCAACCUCAGCUAGGGACUGAUGUAUGGCUAAUGCCUUUCCAUGCCAGAAUAUCCAAUGCUACAGAUGCAAGCUUAGACAGCAACUGAGAGGUUGAGACUUGCAAUCUUGGUCAAGAGCAAUCACAUGGAAAACGGCGGGCAGACCGAACACACCAUUGAUCUGCCCAACACUGGGAAUCAUUUAGGUGAAGGCAGCAAGGAUGGGUUUGGCAUGGUUACUGACAGCACUAGGCAAGAUUCAGUUAAUGGAUUGUCCAGCAGGUCUUUAUUAUCCAGUAGCCCUGAACCUGAACCUGAACCCAUCCCUGUUGAUUUUGAGCUCCUGUGGAGACUGCGGAAGUAUUUAGUACUGCUUGGAGUCUUAGCAGUUACUGUGACAUACAAUGCUGGAUUAACACCACCAGGGGGAUCUUGGACACUAAACACGGAUGGCCAUGAUGCUGGUGACCCUGUCCUGCAUGUUGGCUACUCUCUAAGAUAUGAGGUAUUCUUUUACUGCAACACAACAGCCUUUGCUGCAUCUCUUGUCUUAGUCAUCUUGCUUCUAAGUAAGAGUGUGACGAAGCGGAAUAUAUGGCUCCGUUCAAUGCAAUUGACCAUGCUGCUGGACUUAUUUAGCCUGCUGGGGGCCUUUGCUGCUGGAAGCUGCAGGGCACCUAAGUCAUCCAUUUACAUCUGGAUUCUAGUCUUUGCUGUUUUUGUGUAUGUUGUGAUUCAUACCCUAGUAUCCAGAAGGGUUAUUCCAAAAUCAUUGAGAAAGAAGCUGCAAACAAUGAUGGAUGAAAUUCGAUCCAGACGCGGUGGCAGUGUCAGUUCCACACAAGCAAGCAGCAAUCCAGAGGAAGAUGUUGAGGAGGACCGUAAGUUCAUAUUGAUGCUUGCAACUUUUGCUGCUACUAUCACAUACCAAGCCGGAUUGAAUCCACCUGGAGGCUUUUGGGCUGAAAAUCCUUCUUAUGAGCAUCCUCCAGCUACCUCUAUUCUCCGCAGUAACUACCUUCACCGGUAUAAUAUUUUUAUUUGCUGCAAUGCGACUUCUUUUGUGGCAUCUUUGGUCACAAUCAUUCUUCUUCUGAGCCCAGAAUUGAGUAGCCAUGGAAUAAGGUCCAAAGCUGUGAUUGUGUGUGUCGUAUUUGACCUAUUUGGUCUGAUUGGGGCCUAUGCUGCAGGGUGCUGUAGGAGUGUAAGGACAUCUUUCUUUGUUGUGUUCAUUACUGUCAUAGUAUGGGUCUGCUUUGCGGUGUUAGCUGCGGCAUUUGUUUACAAACCUGUAGCAGACUGGCUGCAAAAGAUCAAAGAUCAUAAGUGCUUCAAAAAACUUGGUCGGCUCUUUUCACUGGAAUCAGGAAAUUCAGAGCAAGAUCAUUCUCAUGCAACUGGUCAGCAUACUACAGACCUUGCAACAGUUACGCCAGAAGAAGGCAGUGCUUCUGACACAGAAAACCGAGUUCAAAACAGCAAACAGGAUGGAAUCCUUAGGGAGCAUCAGCAUGCAGACAGCCAGAAAAUUGCAAAUAAUGAGGAGGCUGAGCCCAGCUCAGAGCAACCAUCGGUCAAUGACCCGCAACCAGGAAAUACCACAAAUAUUGUGUUCAACCCAGAGGGUCAGUGUAUAGACUGCCAAUCAGUUGCAAAUGAUGCAGUCUCUGACACAGGACAUCCUUCAAUCAAAUGCCACCAAGCUACAAAUACUGUGAAUCAAGUGCCUAGCACUGAUAAUCAUUCCGCAGACAAUCAGCAAGAUGCAAGUAAGAAGGAACAGCUGUCUCCAAAUAAUGGCCCAAAGACUGCAAAUAUUGUUGACUAUAUGCCCAAGAAGCAAGUUGCAGAUACGAAAGGUCAAUCUUCAUCAACUGAUGAAUGCAAGGAUGCAGUUAUUUUAGUGGAUGAUUCGUCUGAACAAACAACGUCAGAUAAUCACUGCAAUGGAGCCACCAACGAUCACCAAGUACAGCAAGUGCAUUCUGAUGGGCCUAUGAGAACCAGUGAGAUUGAGAUGGUUGGAAGUAAUAACAUUGUUGUGCCUUAUGAAAAUGGCAAUGUUGACAAGAAAGGAGGUCCCACUGAAGAUAGCAGCAAAAAGAAUUCUGAUGACGGACCAACUUCGGAACCUCUGAAGAAGUCCCGCACAUACCUACUUCUUCUUGCCAUUCUGGCAGUUUCUCUGACAUAUCAAUCAGGUUUGAAUCCGCCAGGUGGCUUCUGGUCAAGAACAGAGAAUGGUCAUUCAGCUGGUGAUCCCAUCCUUGAGGACAAUCACCAUCCCCGUUAUAUUGCAUUCUUCUAUCUGAAUGCAGUCGCGUUUGUUGCAUCCUUUGUCAUGAUCAUUAUGCUCCUGAACAAGAGGAUAAGCGAGAAGGCUACAAAACGAUUUGCUCUACAGAUAGCAAUGAUAGUGGACCUUCUUGCCCUAAUGGGGGCUUAUGUUAUGGGAAGCUCCAGGGAGGCAAGGAGCUCCAUGUACAUCUCAUUGUUGGUGGGCCUUGUACUUGCUUAUGUUGGCAUUCAUCUUUUGAUAGCACAUGUAAUCCCUGAAGGGUGGAAAAAAGUGGUGGCUGAAAAGCUAAAGCUCUUCUCGUGCAAACAUUUGUGGCCCAAAUUGCAUCAGGAUGGCGAAAACCAGAAUGGGGAUGUUGACGGGAAGGAGUGGGAGCGGAGGCGUAAUCUGCUAUUGAUUCUUGCUGUUCUAGCUGCAACUGUCACAUACCAAGCUGGUAUAAACCCUCCAGGAAGUGUAUGGUCAGAUGACAAGAAGGUCAGUGGCACACCAGGCAGUCCAAUCCUUCAGCACAAUCAUUCAAAACGCUAUGAUGUGUUCUACUACUCAAAUUCAGUUACAUUCGUGUCAUCUGUAGUUAUCACGAUACUACUUGUGAACAAGGAAUCAUGUGAGCGUGGCAUCAAGUGCUAUGCACUGCGAGUAUGUCUGGUGGUGGGCUUGGUUGGCCUCUUGAUUGCCUAUGCUGCAGGAAGCUGCAGGAAAGCAAAAGAAUCUAAGUAUCUCAUCAUCAUCGCUGUUGCAGUUCUGGCCUUCCUUGUGAUUCAAGUCCUUAUACUCUCUUCGACACAUGGUACAGUAUGGGGGCCGUUGAGCAAAUUCUUGGAAGACUCUCUGAAACGGCUUCUUCGUCCAAAAGAGUCCAGGCAAGAAACUGUUUCUGAGCGGCAAGAAAGUUCGGAUCAGAAUGAGAAAGAAAAGAGAAAGAGGCAUAAAUAUCUGAUGCUCCUUGCAGUUUUAGCAGCCUCCAUCACAUACCAAGCUGGUCUGAACCCGCCUGGUGGUUUCUGGUCUGAUGAUUCCAACCAUGUUGCAGGAAAUCCAGUCCUUCAUGAUAUUCAUCCCUGGCGCUACAGAGCAUUCUUCAUCUUCAAUGGUAUCUCCUUCAUGACAUCUAUUGUCGUGAUAAUGUUUCUGUUGAAAAAGGCUGUGAGGAGGAAUGGUGUUCUACUGGAGGUAUUGCAUUUGAUCAUGAUACUGGAUCUGCUAGCUCUUAUGACAGCUUUUGCUGCGGGAAGCUGCCGAAAAUUAAGGACUUCAAUGUAUGUCUAUGGGCUAGUAAUUGCGGUUGCAGUAUACCUCGUGGUUGCAAUUGGUGUAGCGAGCGGCAUUGCGAAGUGUCUGAGACCAAGGCAAAGAAAUGGGCAUUCCCUCGAAGGCAAUCCUGAAAGUGCUUCCACAACAAACCCGCCGAUAGCUGCACAACAAGUUUGAAGGCUCAAUUUCUAUGGGACUACUUGAGAAUUUGUUUCCUGCAUUAUUUGCAAAUAAUUGUUGUGCUGUAGUCAGUCUGUUUUUCCUUCCUAAAGUCCAGAGUAAACUUGAAAGCUGGCGCUGUUGUAUAUUUCUGAACACUAUUUUAGCAUAAUUGAAAUUUGGACUUGAGCAAUCAA